AUGGCGGGGAGGCUCGUUCCGCAAAAGCGGGAAGGGACGAUGGGGGACAGGGACAAGGACGGGAGACCUUCGAAAAUGGCCAGGUAUAUCGAGAAAGGCCUGCAGCUCUACCACGAGCAAGGAUACGACACCGCAGAAAAGAGUUUUCGGAAAGCUCUUUGGAGGUGCAAAUGCAACCAGACCCAGUACGACCAGCUUGUUGCCCAUGGCAUCGAUGUCGGUACGAUGGAGAGCGCAGUGACCGCUUGUGGUUGUCGCGACUAUCGACCAAGUUCCCAGUCGUAUAUUGGAUACUGUGCAGCUCCGGUGGACCGGCAACGAGGUUAUCUAGGAGUGUAUGCCCUCGACUUGAACUCUUUUCGACAACUGCUUCUGAAACCUUGCACUUGCGGCUCGGGUCAGAAGCAAUGCCCAGAGAAAGAGCACCUUGAUGCCUUGGACGGCCUUGCUGCCACGUACACUGCCCUGCAAGAUCUCGACCAGGCACUGGAGUGUGCGUCGCAGAUGAUCACGGUUGCUCCGUCACGCCCAGAUGGUUACCUUCGUUAUGCGAAAGCCCUGCGGGUUCUCAAACCAACUGACCGGUUCUCCCCUGCGGCCAUGUUCAAGCAAUGUUUGCACGUGGCUAACGAUGCAGACGCCAAGCAUGUCCAGCAGAUCGUACAGAAAAAUCUGGCCACGCUCCUUCGCUUCGAUCUCAUUAGCCAUCUUCCCGUGGAGCUACAAAUACAAGUCAUAAGCGAGUUGUCUGUGACGGAUCUCAGACUCGACACCAGGAAGCUGGCUCUCCUCCUCGACAACCUUCCAUUUUUAAAAGUGGUCGAUCUCGCAAAUCCCUUUCCAGACUGGAAAGGCUCCGCGACACUAUCGUACGAACCUAGUUAUUUGUCUCGUCGUAACGAGGCUCUCUCCAGGGUCCAUACCCUGCGGCUAGAGAAUGUCGUCGACAACAACGAAAUCUUGGCAGGCCAGCUGUUGAAAGCAGUGGCGGGCUCUCUGACAGAGCUCCACUUGAUUGGCAUACCAGCAGACGGUCCCGGAGCCUCUAUUACUGUUCUACCCGACUUGCCUUCUCUCACUCGGCUGAAGCUGGUCCCAGGACCGGACCUGCCGGCCGGUGCCGUGAGGGAGGACGCGAGACCAAUUGUGCCCAUGGCGAGUUCUCCAACGAUAUGUCCAGAUGGUCAAUCAACUAACGAUACUGGGUGCCGACCUCGGCGGAGCAGACUUUUAGCUACAGAAACACGUCUGCAGUGGGGGCAGCUGGAAGUGCUCAUUGUGGGAGAUCGUGUCUCGAUGUGCUCCCAAGACCCCACAGGGAUUCGACCUUUCCCCUGUCUCGGUCCUAAAAUGCGAGUCAUCGACAUCUUGUCCAGGGACGAUGCUGUGAGCUUCGGAGUACUCGGCCACCAGCCAGUGCUGUACGAUCCAGACCGGCCCGAGCAAGGCGGCGACGACCCAAAGCUGGACAGGCUGGAGGUGUUCCGGUGCCGCGGCAGCCUCGACCCCCGCGACAUCGAGUGGUGCAUCACCCCGGCCAUGGACUCGGGGACGCUGCACACGCUGGAGCUCAGCGGGGACCCCGUCCCGGACGUGCCCCACCCGGUCGACUACUUCACCCACUUUGGAGACGCGAGCAGGGUGAGGACGCUCGGCCUCUACGACUUCCGCUUCGACAACGCCAUGUCGUACCGCAACCCGUACACGGGCAGGCCCUUUCUCGACUGGCUCGCCCGGUUCCCCGGCGUCGAGACCGUGUCGGUCUACCCGCAGCCGUUCGACGGCGCGGCCGAGACCAUCGCCGAGCUGCUCGAGCGCACGGGGCCGGCGGCGGCGACGGACGGCUCGGUGGCGGGCGCGAACCGCGUCCGGACCGUCUACCAGGACUGCCUGCAGGGCGUGCAGAUGGACAAGGUGCUGGCGCUGGCGGCCGUCAAGGGCGUGAACGUCGUGCGGACCAGGGCGCCGUACCGGCCGCCCGUCUUUCCGUACCCGGAUCUGCCCCCUGCCGAGGCGGAGAACUUCGUUUCUCGUCGCAUUCGGGAUUUCUGA